AUGAGGUCAGCGUCAGAAGAGCCAGUCCCGUUGCAUGAAGAAUUUAUCUAUUGUUGUGGAGCUGCUACCCAUGUUUUAAAGUGUGGGCCCUGGAAAGACCUCUCAAAAGAUGAAAAUAAAAAUCUACCCAGGCUCUUAUUCAUGAUUAUUCCUGGUAACCCUGGACUGGCAGGUUAUUACAGGACCUUUAUACAGGCCUUAUAUUGUGGGCUAAAUCAGCAAUAUCCCGUUUGGGUUGUGAGCCAUGCUGGACAUUGUAAGCCUCCUAGUGGAAUGGAAAUGAUAGAAGACACAGAUAUUAAGGAGCUAGAGGAUGUUUUUGGACUUAAUGGACAAGUAGAGCAUAAGCUGAACUUCCUCAAAAACAAUGUAUCAAAAGAUAUAAAGCUGGUACUGAUUGCUCAUUCUAUUGGUUGCUACAUCACACUGGAGAUGAUGAAACGAGCAUCAGAACUUCAGGUUCUUCGCUCUGUGCUGCUGUUUCCAACCAUAGAACGGUUGGCUCAGUCCCCUCAAGGGAAGCUGAUGACUCCUUUGCUGUGCAAACUUCGUUACAUCCUGUACAUGCCUGUCUACCUGCUGUCCUUCCUACCAGAGGGAGUCAAAGCCUCCCUGGUGCGCUUCGCUCUGCGAGGGAUGAAGACCUGUGAUGAAUCUUCCAUAACAACCUCCAUCAACCUCUUCAGUGUGGACUGCAUUGCCAACAUCUUGUACUUGGCAAGCCAAGAAAUGAUUAAGGUUGUGGAGAGAGACAGUACAACCAUAAAGCAACAUUUAAAGAAGCUGAUUUUUUACUAUGGCAUUGGAGACAGCUGGUGUCCUCAGCACUACUACGAUGAGAUCAAGCUGGAUUUCCCAGAGGGGGACAUUCGGCUCUGCCAGAAGGGGCUCCGCCACGCCUUCGUGCUGGAUGCCAGCAAGGAGAUGGCUGCCAUGAUCACUGACUGGUUACAGGAUGAUUUGACCAAAUUAUAA